AUGAGGGACGCACCAACAUCAACUCCAGCUCCCCUCAUCACAAUGAAUGGUCAUGAGAUGCCAGGAAAGUCGGAGGGCAUGGUUGGUCCUACAGGCAUGUGGACGACGCCAACAUCCCAGGGCAUGCGACCUCGGCCAGCAACUAUUCACGAAGGGUUCUCGUACUGCCUCGGCGAAGACUACAGCACGAUCCCCUCGUGGGAGACGAGCAGCAUAGCAAUGACACCGAGUGAUACAAUGUCUCGACCUGUCUCGAUGCACCAGGACUUGUCACGACCCGUUUCCAUGCACCAGGACUUUUAUCCCGUCACUACCAUGGAAAGCAAUCCAUGGGGUAUGAAGUCGUGCGAGGACAGCAUGGAAGCUCAUGGCCUGGAUACUGAUAUGAGCAUUGGCCAAGCGCUGACAACUGACGAUGCUAUUCCGAUUCUUGAUUUGAGAUACCAAGGAGGUCCCAUGGAGCAAGAAGGAGGACUCAACUUUGAGACUGGAUUAUCUCAUCGCCGCAUGUCUGGAUCAUCAUUCACCAUGUCAACGUCGGGCAAUCUUUCGGACAUGCCAUCGUACGACGAGUUCUCCUCGGCACUUUCGGAAGCUCCCUCGUUCUCAGAUUACCCUCCGACCUCGAACAGGAACUCGAUGAUGUCGUCCACUCAGCUCUCUCCCGUAGCAUCCCCUCGUAUGACCCCCCAGAGCCGCUCAGAGCUGGUGCGUACGCAGAGUCGUGGCCGCGGAGCCUCUCCGUCGCCUCGGCCAGGCGGCGUGCGAUCUGCACCUUACACGGUUGACAGCAGUGCAAGAAACAAGAGAUGGUCUACGGGCAAUUACGGCACCACACCUAGCCGCAGGCCAUCGCCCUUUGUUUAUCACCACACGCACGAUCCCUUUGGCGCUCGCAUGGCAUCAAGGCACUCGUCUCCCACGAUUUCUGGAAACCCGCUUCCGCUCAACUUUGGUAAUCUCCAGGCUAUUCAGCACGUCCAGCAGGUUCAGCAGCAACCUUUUCUGAUUUCACAUGCCCCUGCCUUCCGCAACAGCAUGCUUUUGCCAUCACAGCUACCAUCGCAAGUGCCAUCAAAUGGUUUCCAUCCUGAACUGCACCAUCAUUUUGAGACCCCACCGCCAUUGAUGUCGCACGGACUGUUCAGGAUGCUUCAGAGCAACGCAGACCCACACUCGUUACAUGGCCAUUACACUGAUCUGUCUGACCCGCCGGAUCUGUUUGCUUCCCUGCACGAGGAACAGAUCCCGCCGCCGCCCGAAGAUAUGAACCCCGAAGACCCGGACAUGGUUCCCCACGAGCAAGAACUACGUUUCGAGGGUGAUCUCUACACACCUAGAUGGGUCCGUGGCCACGGCAACAAGCGCGAGGGCUGGUGCGGUAUCUGCAAACCCGGCCGAUGGCUGGUGCUCAAGAACUCUGCCUUUUGGUAUGACAAGAGUUUCACCCAUGGCAUUAGUGCUGCCACGGGCAACCCGUUCCAGGAGCCUCAGGAAACUCGGCGCAUGGAUGGAAAUCCAGACGUCUGGGAGGGUCUCUGUGGCAGCUGUAAUGACUGGAUCGCCUUGGUGAGCAGCAAGAAGAAGGGGACCACUUGGUUCAGACAUGCUUACAAGUGCCAUACCCAUCCCAAGAUCAAGGAUGCACCCAAGCGACGCCGCGAGAGCAGCCACUCGCGCGCCCUUGCCGCAUCGCAAAUGGCCAGACCCAAAGUAGAGGUUCAACAACCAGGCACCCCAGAGACACCCCAGGGCACGACUGCCUCGAUGGCAGUCACGCCGACUCCCAUGCCGGCGCUGCCAGCAACAACUACAACCAUGACGACACCGCAACCGAUGCAACAGCAUCAUCAUCAACAACAACAACCACAGGUCAUUGAGCCGCAGUUCGACAGCCUGAACAUGAUCUAG